ACAUGUUCACAUAUGGUAGUAGUCUUUAGGUUAAAUAACGGACAGACUGGGGACAACAUACAAAUUCCGACAGAUGCCGUUUGAUGAAUGUCUCCAGUUGAUAGAUACACCAACGCCGAUUGAGGAUCCGAACUAACAUCGUGAUUCUACGUCGCAUAAUUUGCCAUCAAGUGCUCCAUUGUGUAGAAAACAGUAACUAUGAAUCGUUUUUCCUUUUUCGCCUUAUGUGUUUUACUUGCUGUGUGCUUAUUGGGAGCGAUCGUUGUGAUUCUGUAUUAUCACUCUUUAUCUAGAGAUGUCAAAUCUGUCAAUGUGUUCAAUAUUUCCUUCAGUGCAUCCUUUAACAUCGACACAAUUGAACAUGAUAAUCUUGGUACUGAAAAAACUUACCUGAAAAUAGAAUGGAAUCCGACGACGCGGAAAAUGAAUUUCCAGCAAAAUGAAGUGUUCUCAUCAAACUAUGAUUUCGACUACGAACUCUUUUUUAUCAUGACAGAUGAUAAAGCGACUAUUGGCCUUUCUCACAUGAAUAGUUCGCUAGCAUUCUGUAUUGAGGACAUUUCCCUGUUAAAAUGGUUAGACGUUUUUCAACACAUUGUAACAGUGGACAAUUGGCGUAGCGAUGCAAAGUCAAGCAGAUGUCGUGGGGACAUCUGGUUUACGAAACACAAUGGUGAUAUCAUUGAAAUCUGCACAUAUGAUAACCAUUUAGAUUAUGUUAAGUAUCAAAACGAUCGCGCUAUGUUAGCCAAAUGGACAACAACUGAUGAGCGGAAUAUCCGUAUUCGAUCUGAUGUACUGAAUGGCCCGUGCGGCAAUGUCACAUAUUUUAAAUGCAAUAAUUUGCAUAACGUUCCGAAAGUGAAAAGGGACUCGGGGAUAUCGCCGACCACGUGUUUGUUCGUGCAUGGAGCGGGUGAGAACGCGAAUGGUAACGAUGUCAAACCAGAUCUUACCCACUAUUGGGGUGAUAUCAAAAGUCAAACGUCUGAUUGUGCUUCGCAUAAAUUUCUUGUCUAUAACAGCAGGGACAACGGCUGGGAUGAGGACCAGAUACACCAGCACUUUUGUAAUGUGGCUGCCACCAAUGGAAUUAUUACCGACACGGUGAUAUUUUCACAUUCUAUGGGGAACUUGGUGAUUGCAGCUGCACUGCACCGACAGAAGUGUACCUUUAACCAGGUGACAAGCCGCUGGUAUUCUGUUCAAGGCCCGUGGACAGGGAGUGUUGUAGCUAAUACUCUCUCAAAAAUUUGCAGAAAUCCUACGCUUCACCAGAUAUUGAUUCGCCGUAUAUUGCGGGCGCAAGGUUACUGUAAACCUACUGAAGAUAGAGAAUUUGAUGUCUACACUACACUUAAAACCGACUAUAUAUCACCUACUGGGAUACGUUAUCAUCAUCUGAUACAAAUAGGGAAGAAGUUCGUAUCUGGAGUGAUGUGCGGAACCUCAAAUUGGGGGUUAGCGAAGCACUACACUGAAAGCUUUGCACUCAAGAUGAUGCAGUUUUACAGCAACCUGGAGAAACCCAAUGAUGGCAUGGUGGCGUUAGAGAGCUGCAAAUUAAAGGAUGACCAAUUCGAAGCAAGAAGCUCCGAACGUUAUUACAAAGAUAAAUUCAACCACGCAGAUGGCACUUGUAGAAACGGUGGUUGUCCAUGCAAGUGGUAUCACUAUAUGCAUUAACUAUAUGCACUCGUGUACAGUUUUGAGUAUAAACGCUGGUUCCCAGUCAAAGGCCCAUGGACAGGAAGAGUUUCACCAAAUACGAUUUCAAUAUUUUUUUCUAAAUGUCGUACGUUCACCGAUGUAUUGUGUAUAAAUCGUAUAGCAACCGAUUGCGUGUAUGAUAACCUGUUUAGUCAACAACACAUUAUGGAUGUUUCCAGUGACGAGACGUUUAUUUUGCAUGUCUUUUUUUAUUUUCCCGCCUCAAUCAUAUCUAUUUAAUCAGAACAAAGACUCAAUAUCAUCAAAGUAUGCUAAGAUUUGAUUCAUUAUUCAAAACAUCUGUUUUGAAAACUCGAUUAUUAUUACUUUUUUUUGUGUCUUUUACUAUACAUGUAUAUUAGUAUGUGUGUAUGUGUAUACACGAAUCUUUAACCAGUAAAGUCUUACGUUAGUAUGUGUGUUCAAAAACAUGUAUGUCAUAAAAAGGCAUUAAAUUUACAUACGAUAUAAGUUAAUAACUAUGGUACAAAUAAUAUGAAUCGUUCUCGCGGAGAUAUUUCCUUACGAACAAAAGCACAAGAAUCCUAUUCUACCGUCGAGGUGUCAAAACAAUUCUCAACUCUUCGGGUUGAGAUUUGAGAUUGCCUAACCCUCGUUUCGAUACCAGAUUGUAAUACGUUAAGGAACAGGUGUACAUAUAUUUGCAAAAAGGAAGUAUCACUCCUAUGUGACGAAGAAGGAACGUUAUCUACCAGAAGGUAUGUUAGUCGAAUGGCAAUCAGAAAGCCUGUUCUUUUCGUGGGAACACCAUUUUGCUUUCCACACGCCAUUUCUGACCAAGCUACCGUGACAUCUGUUCCUUAACCACUUUCUGUGUAGAGAUGAUAUCAUCAUAAUACAAAUAUUUUUUCGCACUUCUGAUGGUACAUUUGUAAGUAUUAACCUACAUAAAGACCAUUACGAACAAGCAUUAUUCAACAACCAUCAUGAGUCGGUAUGAUCGUGUUUUUUUUACCAGAGUAAUGUUACCAAACGCCGCUUUAUGUGCAAAACCUGAACAAAUAAAUUAUUAAAACAUGAUAGUACAUACGACUAACUACAGCUAAUUGCGAAGCUCAUUCAUUUGAGAAUAUAGAUAGAGACAGGAAAGUUCAAACAAGAAAUACCUAAAAGUACUGUUAUAAUUGGGAGUCAUGAUAUUUUUGCUCUUCAACCAUAUUUGUUUAAUUAUUGUUUUUUUUAAUACGUAAACAUAAAUAUUGAGUUAUUGUUUCAUUUUUAGACAUUUGUUUUCUUGAUUUAUUAUUACUUGUUUUACUGUAAGAGUGCCAUAAAGUAAGCAGUGAAAAUGGGGAUUGGGUUUGGAUGUGUUGAGUCAGUCAUAUGUUAGUAAAAGAGAAUAUAUAUAUAUAACAUUGCUGUAUUGUGAUUUUUUUUUCUACUACUGUACAACGAAUAUUUUUUAAAAAAUAGGUAAAAUAAACCUUUUUUGAUGAACAUCCAUUUGUACUACUGCAUGCAUAUGUAAAUGUAUACGAUAACUAAAUAAAAAUAUGUAAUGUGU